AUUAUACCCCGAUUUUUGAAUUUCAGAUAAUUUUACUGGGCAUGGAAUUAGCUGCCCCCAUUGCCAGCCCCUAUCUUGCCCCUACAAUCUUGGCUUCGUUGAAAGCAUUUCUGAAGAGGUUGGAUCCAGCAUAUCAAGUUGACAAAGGACAGAAAAUCAAAUUAGCAGUGGAACUUGCUAACCCAGAUGAGGAAGUAAAAUGGCUCAAGAAUGGACAAGAGAUCCAAGUGAGUGGCAGCAAAUAUAUUUUUGAAUCUCUGGGAAAUAAAAGGAUCUUGACCAUAAACCACUGCUCAUUGGCUGAUGACGCAGCAUAUCAAUGCGUGAUUGGGGAAGAGAAGACUUUCACAGAACUGUUUGUAAGAGAGCCUCCCAUCCUGAUUACUCAUUCUCUGGAAGACCAAGUGGUCACAGUUGGGGAAAGAGUGGAGUUUGAAGCUGAAGUGUCUGAAGAUGGGGCUACUGUGAAAUGAAAAGAAGCUAGAGGUGUACCAAAGUAUUGCAGAUCUGACCGUGAAGGCACGAGACCAGGCUGUGUUCAAGUGUGAGGUGUCCGAUGAGAAUGUGAAGGGUAUCUGGCUGAAAAAUGGGAAAGAGGUCAUCCCAAACAAUCGGAUUAAAAUCUCUCAUAUUGGCAGAAUCCAUAAGCUAACCAUUGAUGAUGUUACCCCAGAAGAUGAAGCUGAUUAUUCUUUUGUGCCUCAAGGAUUUGCAUACAAUCUCUCAGCUCAUCUGCGUUUUUUGGAGAUUAAGAUUGACUUUGUGCCUAGACAAGAACCCCCCAAAAUUCAUCUGGACUUCAUGGGGCAAACUCCGGACACUAUUAUUGUGGUAGCUGGAAAUAAGCUGAGACUUGAUGUACCCAUCUCAGGGGACCCAGUCCCUGAAGUGAUUUGGCAGAAAAUGAACAAGAAUAAUGAACUGGAACUAAUAGGUGGUGGCUCAAACUCUGUGGACCUUAAGGGCACAUGUGGUGAUUUGACUAACAAUGAGAAGCCAUUUUCUGAUUCGGAAGGUCGAGUCCAUGUGGAAACAUAUGAAGACCACUGUGUGUUUACUAUUGAAGGAGCUGAGAAGGAAGAUGAGGGAAUCUACAGAGUUGCAGUGAAAAAUCCAGCUGGAGAAGACACAGCUGAUAUCACUGUAAAAGUUAUUGAUAUACCUGAUCCACCAGAAGCUCCUAAAAUCACUGAUGUCGGUGAAGACAACUGCAUAGUACAGUGGCAGCCACCUAAGUAUGAUGGAGGACAGGCAAUACUGGGAUACAUCUUAGAGAGGAAGAAAAAGAAGAGCUACAGGUGGAUGAGGUUGAACUUUGACCUUUUGAAGGAUCUGACUUAUGAAGCAAAGAGAAUGAUUGAAGGAGUUGUUUAUGAGAUGAGAAUUUAUGCUGUGAACUCAGUUGGCAUGUCUCGGCCUAGUCCUGCCUCACAGCCUUUCAUGCCAAUUGCUCCUCCAAGUGAGCCAACACACUUUACUGUAGAAGACAUUUCUGACACUUCUGUUGCCCUGAAGUGGAGACCCCCUGAAAGGAUUGGAGCAGGAGGAUUGGAUGGCUACAAUAUUGAAUACUGUAGAGAAGGAUCCACUGAAUGGAUUCCAGCUCUUCCUAGCCCCACUGAACGCACAUCUGUCUUACUUAAAGAUUUGGUUACAGGAGACAAAUUGUAUUUUCGCAUCACUGCUAUAAAUUUAGCAGGGACAAGUCAACCAGCAAUGAUUAAGGAACCAGUUACUGUUCAAGAGAUCUUGCAGCGCCCUAAAAUUAGGCUGCCACGCAAUCUCAGACAAACUUUAAUGAAGAAAGUUGGUGACACAAUCAACAUUGUAAUUCCUUUCCAGGGUAAACCUAGACCUAAAGUUAUCUGGAAAAAAGAUGGUCAGCUAAUAGACCCCGAGGAAGUGGGAAUACGAAACAGCAAUACAGAUACUAUUCUAUUUAUCCGAAAGGCAGAACGUCACCAUUCUGGGAAAUACGAAGUUGAGGUGCAAAUAGAAAACAUGAGUGACAAGGUCACCAUUACAAUGCAGAUUAUGGACAAGCCUAGUCCUCCUCUGAAUAUUAAGAUUGUGGACGUAUGGGGAUUCAAUGUUGCAUUGGAAUGGAUGCCUCCCCAGGAUGAUGGCAAUUCUCAAAUCACAGGAUAUGUGGUCCAGAAGGCAGACAAAAAAACAAUGGAAUGGUACACAGUUUUUGAUCACUAUCGGCGCACGAACUGUGUAGUAUCUGAGCUGAUCAUGGGAAACGAAUACUAUUUCAGGAUCUACAGUGAAAACCUAUGUGGGCUGAGUGAAAAUGCUGCAAUCACCAAAAACUCUGCCUACAUUAAAAAGACAGGAGCAAUUUACAAACCACCUAACUACAAAGAGCAUGACUUCUCUGAGGCGCCAAAAUUCACCCAUCCGCUUUCUGAUCGUUCUGUAGUCUCUGGGUACAAUGCAACACUCAGUUGUGCCAUCAGAGGAAGCCCAAAGCCCAAAAUCUUCUGGUUCAAAAACAAUGUGGACCUUUCCGGAGAUGCCAAGUACCGCAUGUUCAGUAAGCAUGGAGUGUUGACUUUGGAAAUCCGCAAGCCCAGCCCAUUUGAUGGAGGCGUUUAUACCUGCAAGGCGGUGAAUGACUGUGGUGAAGCAGAAAUAGAGUGUCGAUUGGAUGUUAGAGCAACACACUGAAAUUCUAGACAACUGGACAUCAGCAAGCCCAGAUACGGAACUCAGUUGUUUGUCCCAACAAACCUGGGACAUCUGGGAAAUAUUGGAAGAUUCCAGCAACAUAAAGAAAAACCAGCGAGAUGCGUCAGCCCCUCAAAACCCUAAGUAGCUUCUGGACGUCAGAAAUGCUCAUCAACUCCUGCUGCUGGGGAAAUUACAGAACGAAUUUAAUUCAUUUCCUGAUGUGGUUUCAGUCUCUUGUGCUACUUUGCUCUCAAUUAGUAAGACUGUUGUUCUUGAUAAGAGCUUCCACACAUCACCCCCAUCCCCACUCCUGUUAUAAUCAUGCCAACUUAGCAAUUUUGGUUACUAAUGGUUUUACAACGGUAGAACCUGUUUGACCACAAGCAGGGUAUGUGGUAUCUAUAGACAGGAAAUCCACACAAAAUGCAUUCAUCAGUUGUUGUUUUUUAAAAAAAACACAAGUCCAUUUGGGACUGAGACCAAUUGCAUCAUUGUAUUGUGUCUUAGUGCAUAUGCUUAGGCCUCACAUGCAAACAACUGGGAUGUAAUUUUUCAAACACUUGGUUUUGGUUUUUUUAAUGUAAUAUUUAUGGCAGUUAACUUUGGAAGCAGCGAUGAAAGCCUUCUAAAGGAUGUGGCUGUUUUAAGAAUUCAAUCAGAGGUGCUCCACAUUCCUUGGGAAGCACCUCUUUUGAUGACUUUGUGUAGCUCUCCAAGAAACAAUUUCUGCUCAUUUUUUUUUUAAAGAAAAUGUUAUCUAAGAGUUGAAAUGAAAAAAAAAUGAUCGGGGCAAUUCUGCAAAACAAUCUGUUGAGUUCAAUAUUUUUUUUUUGUUAAACACCCUUAAUGUAGUCUAUUUACACAUGGAUUUUGUCAGUGUAGAUUUCACUUUUUAAUCAAACAAAUGGGUUUUAUUUUUCUGAGCGUAUAGUUUGAAUUCACUAAUUCACCAAGUUUUUGUAUUAUGGCUGAACUGCACAGACACAUUCCUUUAGGAAAAAUCACUUAUUCAGUAACAAACUAUGGGAGAUAAUGAAAACAGAAGGUAAGAAUAUUGCAGUGCAAAUAUUUGAAUUUAAAAAUUAGGGAGUUUUAAAUCCUACUAGAUUAGUUUGAAUUGAUUGUUAUAGCAAGAUGUAUGGGAAUGCUGGAGCCAUUAUCAAUACUUUUAGGAAGUAAGAUCCCACCCCACUUUUUGGAUCAGGUAGCAUUACUGGGCACUUUUUAUCUUGCUGGGUCCCAACUUCCUCCUGCUGCAAUGAUUGGCACAAAACUUUGCUGUCAUAUGAGGAGAAAGAAAAGGCCUGACACAAUGAAAAGUAUCUAGAAAUCUUGGGUUCAAGUGCUCCUUAGGCGGAUCUGAAGCCACAUCUGGUACUGCAUUAAGCAUAUAAUCAGACACAUACUAGUCUGAAGGAAAGCCUCAAUGACCCCAGGUUUUCAGUUAUGAAUUGACUUAUAUGGAAUUGUGCUGUUAAGGGAUCAAUCCUCAGUCUUCUAUUCUUAACUACAGUGUGAAAAUGUCUGGUUUAUAUUGCCAUACAUACUAAAUGUAACAUUGUCUUGUGACUGUUAUUCCAUUUUUCAAAGUCAAUUCAAAAAUUAUUUUACAUCAGGAUCAGAAAUUGUAAUAAAGCUCUGUUCCUUGUUUUAACACAUACGGAAUGUAUUCCCUGCACUUUUAGGAAAUAAUGUAAGUUUAUAAACACUGCUACAAAAAUAUAAAGCACCAAAGGUGCUUUUCCAAACACAACACUGUAUCUUUAAUGAAAAUACAUUGCUUCUGCAUAAGGAAAUUAAUAAAAUAACAGUUUUCCUUUUC